CUCUUUUUCCAUCCGUAAUCCAUCAGCACAUCAAUCCACAACUUUCUACCCUUUGAAUCAUAGCAGCUUACAAUACUACUACUAGUCCAGUCCAGUACAUUACAUUAUUGAUUUGCACAGUAAGAAUCUUUUGCUUUAUUUUUUGUUUCCCUCCCUUUUGUUAAGGUGAUUUCUUCAUGUAAAGGUACUUUCAUGUAUGGUAGGGCCCUCUAUUUUGAAUUUCUUGAACUACACAAUUUUUAUAUUAUUUGUUUUGCACUUUUCGUUUUCUUUCCUCAUUGUUGUCACUGUUCAUGUAACAUCCUUGUUUGCCUGCACCAACAUUCUUUUCCUCCUCAUUCCGCUUAUUCUUCACCAACCAACCUAUGCUUAAACCAUUGAUACCACACACCCUUUUGCCUUUUCUGAAAAGUUGCCAUCACUUACUUGCCACAGUGAUUGAGCAAUCAAAGGUGCUUUGAUAAACAAAGCUCAAAAGUUUUGCCUUUUCCAUAACCAUUUGUCUCUUAUCCAAGUACUACCCACCCCAACCCUCUCGAGAUUUUGUUUACCAGUUGCUACUCUUCAAGAGCAGGGCUGCUUCUUCCCUCCCCACCUAUGUGAUUCUCUGAUCAAUAUAGUGUCCCUGCUAUAAUCAACACUUCCUUCUCUCUAAAUCCCCCCAAAAUUUGAAUUUUUUGCACUACUCCCACAAAAAUGACUUCUCCGCUACACAUUAUCACUCUUCUUCUAUUGACACUUCUCUCCUCCACAACUACCACCAUCGCAGCCUUCUUCCAGCAGCCCCGGCGGAUCCUCCAUCAACCCUUUUUUCCAGUUGUUGAUUCCCUCCCAUCAACUUCACCUCCUUCCAUAACUCCCCCGCCCCUGUCUUCUCCUCAACCUCAGCCUCAGCCCAAAUUUCGAUUUUCUUCUCUGUCACCGCUAAACACGCCCUUAACACAAAACCCAUUUUUCCCGCUCUUUCUUUCACCACCACCACCACCAUCAUCUCCUCCUCCACCUUCUGACACUUUCGCAACCUUUCCAGCCAACAUUUCCUCCCUCAUUCUCCCACAAUCUUCCUCUCAUCGUUCUACAAAACCCAUCUCUGGCAAACUCAUUGCUAUCAUUAUCUCAGUUUGUAUUCUUUCUGCAACUUUUGCCACUUCUCUUAUCGCCUUUUUCCUUCAUUACCAUCGCCACAGAAAAGCCGAAGAGAAAAGCUACUACCAGCGAACAGAUAGUCUCCGACUUGUCCCUCCCAAUGCCACUCCGUCCGACGGUGGUGCCGUCAAGAAACACCCACCUCCUCCGCCUCCUCUUCCGGCGAUGGAGGUGCCACGUCACACCUCCACUUCCACUAGCUCGGAAUUUCUUUACCUCGGAACACUCGUGAGAUCAAGAGAAGUUGAAUCACUGGAACUCCGACCAACUGACGGAGUUGCAAUAAACCACCAAAGACCAGGAUCACCGGAGCUCCUGCCAUUGCCGCCGUUGCCACGUCAGAAUUUCUGGCAUACCCGCAGCAAUAAUGGUGGCUCCCCUGGUGAAGAUGAUGAGAAUGAAGAAGAGUUUUUCUCUCCUAGAGGGUCUACAGGGGAUAAAGGUAGUCCGAGUCACACUAUAUCAAGUUCUCAUGCAGCACCAUAUGAAUUUCCAUUACAAAACCAGAAUAGAUUUCCUUACUCAAAUUCGAAUUCUCCUUCUGAAUCCGCAUUGAAUAGUCCUUCAAUAGAGCUUAACCUAAGCCCAAGAAGCUUAACGUCCAAAUCCCCUGAUUCGUUGGUGAAUUUUCUGGCACCACCACGGCUUAUUCGUGCACGGACGUUCAGGGAAUUUUCAUCACCUCCGUUAUCUUCGGCUGAUACCCAUAAUUCCCCUUCAAUAGUUUCGGAUUCAUCAGCACGAAUCUCUGAGUCUUCGCUGCGGAAUCUGGGUGAUUUUGGGAGCAAUGUGUCAAUAAAAUCGCCACCACCACCGCCUCUGGCCCCACCACCAAGGUUUUGGGAAGCUCCUCUAGUUCCAAAAUUUGUGGAGGCGGAAAAUGGUGGACCCCCGGUGCUGGUGGCACCAUCUAUGCCUGUUUUACGUUAUCAGGUUAAUGGCAUUAUUAAAAGCUCGGAGGUUGUCGAGAGAAGCAAUGAUGAGAGUUCAAAGCCAAAGCUGAAACCUUUGCAUUGGGAUAAAGUUAGAGCUACCUCAGAUAGAGUAAUGGUUUGGGAUCAAUUGAAAUCUAGCUCUUUUCAGUUGAACGAGGAAAUGAUAGAGACUUUGUUCACAGUGAAUUGUUCAAAUUUGAACUCUAAAGAUGGGAUAACACGGCUGAUACAGCCAGUGCUGAAUCAAGAAAACCGAGUGCUUGAUCCGAAGAAGUCUCAAAAUAUUGCAAUUUUGUUGAGGGCACUUAAUGUCACUAAUGAAGAAGUUUGUGAAGCACUUUUAGAGGGGAAUGCUGAUACUCUGGGAAAUGAGAUACUCGAGGGUUUAUUGAAGAUGGCUCCCACUAAAGAAGAAGAGCUGAAGCUGACAGAGUUUAAAGAUGAAUCACCAUUCAAGUUAGGCCCAGCUGAAAAGUUUGUCAAGGCUGUGCUUUAUAUCCCUUUUGCAUUUAAUAGGGUGGAGGCAAUGCUAUAUAUUGCAAACUUCGAUUCAGAGAUUGAAUAUCUUAUCAAGUCAUUUGAGACACUAGAGACUGCUUGUGAAGAAUUAAGGAAUAGUACGAUGUUUCUAAAGCUACUAGAGGCUGUACUCAAAAGGGGGAACCACAUGAAUGUUGGAACUAACAGAGGAGAUGCCCGUGCAUUCAAGCUUGACACACUUCUUAAGCUUGUAGAUGUUAAAGGUGCUGAUGGGAAGACCACACUACUGCAUUUUGUUGUUCAGGAAAUCAUCAGAGCUGAAGGGUCUCGUCUUUCUGGUGGUGAUGAUCAGAAUAAUCCAAAUGUAGCGAAGCAGCAAUCUACUCUACGGGAUGAGGUUGAAUUCCGAGAGAUUGGCCUUCAAGUUGUUUCUCGCCUGAGUGGUGAGCUUACAAAUGUGAAGAAAGCUGCUGCCCUGGACUAUGAUAUUGUUAGCAAUGAAGUUGCAAAACUAGCUGCAGGAAUUGCUAAGAUCACUAAUGUUGUUAAGCUGAAUGAAGAUUUGGUGCUGAGUGAGAGUAGGAGAAAAUUUUCCGAGUCAAUGAAUGGAUUCUUGAAGACGGCAGAGCAAAAAAUCAUCAACAUCCAAGCUCAAGAGGGUGUUGCCAUCUCAAUGGUGAAGGAGGUGACAGAAUAUUUCCAUGGUGACUCAGUCAAGGAAGAAGCUCGGCCACUUAGGGUAUUCAUGGUAGUAAGGGACUUCCUCUCUGUCCUCGAUCAGGUGUGCAAAGAUGUUGGGAGAAUGACUGAGCGAAUCAUAAUAAGCUCAGGUAGACAAUUUCCAUUGCCAGUCAAUGCAGGGCUUCCCCAAGUUCUUCCUGGAUACAAUGUGAGGCAACAGGAUAACUCCUCUGAGGAUGAAACAGGGCAUGAAAUAUUGUUAUUAGAUGAAGCAAUUGUUAUCAGAUAACUUCCUUAAUCGUAGUAAACUGGUUUAUUUCCACUGUAUAGUUUGUUGGAUCCUAUGGAUUGGCCUUCUUGUUGAUGUUGAUAUCCUAAGUGUAGUGGAUAUCUGUCUCGCUUUCCCAUCUGUAUUUAAACCUUUUCCUAGCCGCAUUCUAGAGCUAUCUUAUCCAUAUAUAGUUUUAUUGGUAA